UAUCCUGAUUACUAUGAAGAGAUUAAGAAACCACUUUCUAUUAUAAAUGUUCAGAAAAAACUGAAGACUGGUGGUUAUGCUGGGUUAGAUGAUUUGUAUGCUGAUCUUAAUCUAGUGUUUGAGAAUGCUAAAAGAUACAAUGCUGAUGAGUCUAUUAUAUUUAAGAAUUCUUGCUUGCUACAGAAGGUGAUGAGAGAGAAAAAGAAAGAAUUGGAAAAGUUUGGAUAUAAGGAAAUGUCCAUACCGGAAUUAGGCAUCCAUUUUGAAUUUCCUAUGUUGAAAUCCUAUGAUGAGGAUGUGGCCAGUAAAAAGAUAAAAAAGAGUUUGACACCAGUGGUGGAACUUGAAAAGAAACGUGGACCACCAAAGAAGUCUACAUUUGAUGCUGAUGAACUUCUCAGAAAGAGAUUAAUGUCAUUGUAUAAAUCAGUGUAUGAUUAUGCUGAUAGCACAGGUAGAUUGUUACGUCAGAUAUUUAUGUAUCUACCAUCAAAGAAGGAUUAUCCUGACUAUUAUAAGGUUAUAACAGAUCCUAUUGACCUUAGUAUAAUUGAAGGCAAGAUCAAAGGAAAUAAGUAUCCAUCAGAAUAUAACCUGAUGUCAGACUUUGACCUGAUGUUUAAGAAUGCUCGACAUUAUAAUGAGGAAGGUUCCCAGGUUUAUACGGAUGCUAUCACCCUGGAGAAGGCUCUCAAAGCUAAAUGGCGAGUUAUAAACCAAGCUGCUGGUACACCUAGACCAGGCAAAUCGAAGACACGUAAAGGUCCUGCACCAACAACUUUGGCAUCAAGACUUCAAGAACUUUACGAAUCAAUCAGAGAUUAUCAAGAUACAAGGGGAAGAACUCUGUCAAGUCCAUUCAUGAAAGUUCCAGCAAAGACUGAUUACCCGGACUAUUAUGAAGUAAUUAAGAAGCCGAUGGACAUGUCAAGUAUAUCUCAGAAGAUGUUGUUAAAACGUUAUGAGUCCAUGGAGGAUAUGGUUGCUGACUUUGUUCAAAUGUUUGACAACGCAUGUAAAUAUAAUGAGCCGGAUUCUCUCAUAUAUAAGGAUGCCCUGACAUUACAAAGGGUGUGUCUAGAAAAGAAGGUGGAGCUAAGUGAUGAUUUCACCAAUGAGGUUCCUGAUGUGCGAGCAGUUGUACAGGAAAUGAUGACAAAUCUAUUUAUAGCUACAUACAACCAUCAGGACGAGGAAGGGAGAUGUUACUCGGACUCAUUCUCAGAAUUACCAGAACGAGAUCCAGGAAUGGACCCUAAUGCUGAGAGGCCACUGUCUUUUGACAAGAUAAAGAGAAACCUAGAUAGAGGGCGUUAUCGUAGAAUGGACAGGUUUCAGGAUGAUAUGUUUAAAGUGUUUUCACGAGCUCGUGCUAUGAGUCGUUCUGACUCACAACUUUACGAAGACACUGUAGAGAUGCAGAUGUUCUUUAUCAAGAAUAGAGAUGCAUUGUGUAAAAAUGGCGAAGUACUUCUGUCACCGGCCCUCAGUUUUACUGAGAAACAUAUACAUAGUAUUGUAGAGGCAGAGAAGUUGGCAAAGAGUGUGGCUGAACAAGCUGAAGAUGAGAAGAAAACAGGUGAUGUGGAGGAGACUCCACAAGUAUCCACUGAUGGAGAGGGUAAUGAAAGUUUGAAAUACAAAGAUCAGAUAUACAGGGUUGGUGAUUUUGUCUACAUAGAACCAAGGAAAACAACAAAGUCGGGGAGAAUAAGAAAAAGAAAUACAAAAUAUUUAAGAGAUUCAGACAGUGAGCCCCAUAUAUUAUGUAUAGAGAAAAUCUACACUGAUAAUGAUGGUCAGCAACAGGUGUAUGGUAACUGGUUCUACCGACCAAAUGAGACUUUCCACCUGGCUACCAGAAAGUUUCUACAGAAAGAAGUGUUGAAGAGUGACUGUUACGCUAGCACGUCACCAAACCAAAUCAUUGGAAGAUGUUUUGUAAUGAAUGUCCGAGAGUAUUUCAAAUAUAAACCAGAGGGUUAUGCCGACAAUGAUGUAUAUGUGUGUGAGUUCAGAUACACCAGUAAGACAAGAAGCUUCAAGAAAAUAAAGCUGUGGUCAGUACCAAGAAGUGAGGAGCUGAAGUUGAUAGAACGAGAUGUACCAUUUCACCCGAUACGUGUGGCGUCCAUAUUUGCUGACAAAGACAAAGAUGAGUUUGAUGACGGAGAUACCAGUAUACUGGAUAAAGAAAGAAAUGAUGUUGUUGUGAAUGUGGGAGCACCUAAUGAAGAUGGUCAGAUAUUAUAUGAACAAAUGAGGACAUUGACAGGGGUGUACAAAGUUGGUGAUUGUGUAUAUGUAAAGUCUGAUAUGGAUAAACCAUUGAUAUACAGAAUAGAUAGAAUGUGGGCAGAUAAAUAUGAACAGAGAUAUUUCUAUGGUCCUCUGUUUAUACGACCAUGUGACAUUGAACAUCCACCUACUAGACUGUUUUACAAGAAUGAGAUGUUUAUAUGUGGUGUAGAGGAGGCUAGAACCAUGGAUAGUGUUACAGGAAGAUGUUGUGUUCUACAUGUGAAGGACUUCUGUACCAGUCGUCCUACAGAAGUGUUGGAAUCUGAUGUGUAUAUCUGUGAGUCAAAAUACCAUGAGGUAGAGAAAACUGUCAGGAGAUUGUCAAAGGGUCUAAAGAAACAUUCAUUGUCACCAAGGGUAACAGAUGAUGAAGUUCUCUUCUUCCGUAAACAGAUUGUUCCAGCUAAGGUGGAAAUAGCCCACACAUUCAAUGUUAUUAAUAAACAGGAACCAUCGCCACUUCUAGUCAAAGCAUCGGAGGAGAGCCUGGCAUAUGAUGGAGACGAGUCACGUGACACGUUCACGACCGACACCCAGCCAGAUAUAUUGAAUGAAUCCCUGGAUGAAUAUGGCAUGCCAAUCCCUGCUGUUAUUAAAACACCAGUACACACAGUAAAGAAGGUUGAGGGAAUAACGCCAUCAGAAGGCGGCAGCAAGAAAAAGGGGAAAGGUAUGAAUUGGCGAGACAAAAACAAAGAUAAGCGAACACAAAUCAGUGGAUAUAUAGUGUUCUCUGGAGAAUUUCGUAAAAUUGUACAACAAGAAAACCCAGAGUGCAAUUUUGGUGAAAUUAGUCGUCUUGUUGGUGGGAAGGUCCGAGCUAAACGAUAUCCCAGCGGCUUUGUGUUGUUUUCGGGGGAUUUUAGGAGGAAAUUGACAGAAGAAGGCAAAAAUCAUUACACAUUUGGAGAGAUAAGUCGGAUGGUAGGAAUUCAGUGGAGAAACCUGGACAAGGAAGAUAAAGAUAAGUACGAGGAGAAGGCUCGCAGGAUAGCUGAAGAACAACAAGCCAAACAGGCCGAUGCCGAGAGAGCAUUUAACAUGACACUUCAACAACAACAGCCACAACAACAACAACAUGCUACAGCAAGUGAUAGUCCAAGACCUAGUACACCUGCACAACAAG